UAUUCUGCCGUGGUAAACGAAAAGGCCGUAACUGCAAAAUUUCACAUUUUGAGGUAAGAGCACAUUUUAAUGUUUUGAAGGUCGAGGAAUCCAAAAAUACAAGCGAAAACACCGUAUCUUCAGCCGUUUUCGAGAUAUGAAACUGUUACUCAACGUAUCUUACUAACAAAGUUGGAAAUACCAGGCUAAAAUACCGUAACUAUGAUUUACUUAGCCAAAAAGCAGUAAGUAAAAAGCAGUUACGGCUUUCUGGAAUAGUAUUCCCCACUUACUGUUUUUUGGCUUGGUAUAGUCUCACUCAAAGUCACUUACGGAAAAAUAAUUUACCAUUAAAAUGUAUAGGUACACAGAACAUUGAAUUUUGAAGGCACUCUUAUAAUUUCUGUUCUACUCACUCUAUGCAUUACAUGAAUCUCUUGUUGUCAGCUGAUAACUGAAUCAUCUGAUACAGCUGGCACAGAUACAACUUUCCGGAGGGAAAUAACUAGCCUACGAAAAGCAUUUCCUGUUCUCUAGUCUUGCGAGGACUUGCUAGACUAGAACGAGGUUCUAGUUGAUGAUGACUAUUUUUAAUAUUAUACUGAUGUGUAUUGAGUAAAAAAUUAAAUACAGAGUAUGAAGUGCGAAAAUUGUGGUCAAUGUUUCUGCAGAAGUCAGUACAUACAACAUAUUUCGAAAAAAUGUUGUAGGCCUAGGAAGCCUUCUUCUGACUGUAAGUCGUAUGAGAAUGUAAAUGGACAAGUAGAAAUGGAUGAGAAUAAGGAGUUCAUGGCUAUUGUUGAUUUGCAUCACUCACCUAAGGAUAAACCCAUUCCAAAUGUUUCUGAGUCGUAUGAAAAUCUAAGUGGACAAGUUGUAGAAGUGGAUGGGAUUAAGAAUAUUGAAUUGCAACACACAACUAAGGAUGUACCCACUCCAAAUGUUCCUGAGCAGUCGUAUGAAAAUCUAAGUGGACAAGUUGUAGAAGUGGAUGAGAAUGAGGAGUUGAUGCCUAUUAUUGACUUACAACACUCAUCUAAGGAUGUACCCAUUCCAAAUGUUCCUGAGUCGUAUGAAAAUCUAAGUGGACAAGUUGUAGAAGUGGAUGGGAUUAAGAAUAUUGAAUUGCAACACACAACUAAGGAUGUACGUACUCCAAAUGUUCCUGAGCAGUCGUAUGAAAAUCUAAGUGAACAAGUUGUAGAAGUGGAUGAGAAUGAGGAGUUAAUGCCUAUUAUUGACUUACAACACUCACCUAAGGAUAAACCCAUUCCAAAUGUUUCUGAGUCGUAUGAAAAUCUAAGUGGACAAGUUGUAGAAGUGGAUGGGAUUAAGAAUAUUGAAUUGCAACACACAACUAAGGAUGUACGUACUCCAAAUGUUCCUGAGCAGUCGUAUGAAAAUCUAAGUGAACAAGUUGUAGAAGUGGAUGAGAAUGAGGAGUUAAUGCCUAUUAUUGACUUACAACACUCACCUAAGGAUAAACCCAUUCCAAAUGUUUCUGAGUCGUAUGAAAAUCUAAGUGGACAAGUUGUAGAAGUGGAUGGGAUUAAGAAUAUUGAAUUGCAACACACAACUAAGGAUGUACCCACUCCAAAUGUUCCUGAGCAGUCGUAUGAAAAUCUAAGUGGACAAGUUGUAGAAGUGGAUGAGAAUGAGGAGUUGAUGCCUAUUAUUGACUUACAACACUCAUCUAAGGAUGUACCCAUUCCAAAUGCUCCUGAGGUACUAAAUGAAAACGGAGAAGAUGAAAAAGAAGAGCUACUCAACGAUCAACCAAUAAUAAUAGAUUUCGACUUCAGUGAAUUCUCACCAAGAAGUAACAAUUAUAUUUUUGAACAUACUGUUGAGAUUUCAAAUGAAAAUCAGACUAUUAAUCAAGUUACUGGCUCAGCCACUGAUGAAGGUAUGUUUUUGAACAAUAUAGUUAUUAUUGAUGCAACUGACCAACCAGCGAACCAACCAGCAAACCAACCAGAUUUGCCAACCUAUACAAAAAAAUAA